AUGAUGGAAGUAAAUGGACGUCACUUGCCUCCUGCCAUACCAGAAGAUGGGGAGAUCCCGGACCACGUACUUCAAGGAGAAAUGAACGGAUACCAUCGUCAUCAUCGCCGGUUCGAGGACACGGGGGAGGCGGAGGUGCCGGUUUCCAAGUCCCAGAGAAGGAAAAGCGACGUCAAAGUCUAUAAGGAGUUUUGUGAUUUUUACGCCAAAAUGAACAUGGCCAACGCUCUGGCCAACGCCAUCUGUGAGCGCUGUAAGAGCGGCUUCGCUCCGGCCGAGAAGAUCGUCAACAGCAACGGAGAAUUGUACCAUGAGCAGUGCUUUGUGUGCGCUCAGUGCUUCCAGCAGUUUCCAGAAGGACUCUUCUAUGAGUUUGAAGGAAGAAAGUACUGUGAACAUGACUUCCAGAUGCUUUUUGCUCCGUGCUGUCAUCAGUGUGGUGAGUUCAUCAUUGGGCGAGUGAUCAAAGCCAUGAACAACAGCUGGCACCCGGACUGUUUCUGCUGCGACAUCUGCCAGGCCGUGCUCGCCGACGUGGGCUUCGUCAAGAAUGCUGGCAGGCACUUGUGUCGCCCGUGUCAUAACCGGGAGAAAGCUCGCGGUCUGGGGAAGUACAUCUGUCAGAAGUGUCACGCCAUCAUCGAGGAGCAGCCGCUGCUUUUCAAGAACGAUCCGUACCACCCCGACCACUUCAACUGCAACAACUGCGGAAAGGAGCUGACGUCUGACGCCCGUGAGCUGAAGGGCGAGCUGUACUGUUUGCCGUGUCACGAUAAGAUGGGCGUCCCGAUCUGCGGCGCCUGCAGGAGACCCAUUGAGGGCCGCGUGGUCAAUGCCAUGGGCAAACAGUGGCACGUGGAGCAUCAUGUUUGCACUAUUUGCGAGCGGCCGUUUCAGGGACACCCGUUUUAUGAACGCGGGGGUCGUGCCUACUGUGAGAAGCACUUUGAUAUGCAUUUUGUGUGUGCAAAGUGUGAGAAACCUUUCCUGGGUCAUCGUCACUAUGAGCGCAAAGGACUGGCCUACUGUGAGACCCACUACAACCAGCUGUUUGGAGAUGUCUGCUACCACUGCAACCGUGUGAUUGAAGGAGAUGUGGUGUCUGCCCUGAACAAGGCCUGGUGUGUCAACUGUUUUGCCUGCUCCACCUGUAACACCAAACUCACCCUCAAGGAAAAGUUUGUGGAGGUGGAUCUGAAGCCAGUUUGCAAACACUGCUACGACCGGCUGCCAGACGACAUGAGGCGGCGACUGGCCAAGCGCGAACCCGUUUCUGCUGAUUUUAAACCUCUUCUGCUGCUCUGUUGGAACAAGUUUGUGGAGUUCGACAUGAAGCCCGUCUGUAAGAAAUGCUACGAGAAGUUCCCCCUGGAGCUAAAGAAAAGGCUGAAGAAGCUGUCGGAAACUGUUGCACCAAUGCGCAGGAGUAAGAUUGAAGUAGACCGUUACGUGUCUUCUGUGCAGAGCUCUUCGCCUUUGCUCAAAGAGAAACCAGUGAAGGGCUUUCUCUUUGCAAAGUUGUAUUUUGAAGCAAAGGAGUAUGAGCUCGCAAAAAGGCAUGUUUCGGAGUAUCUCAAGAUCCAAGAGAGGGAUCCCAAAGCACACAAAUUCCUUGGACAGCUGUUUGAACGAGAGGGCAACAUCAGCAAAGCUGUGGGCUGUUACAGGCGCUCGGUGGACUUGAAUCCAGCGCAGAAGGACCUGGUGUUGAAAGUUGCAGAGCUGCUCGUCAGUCAGGAGGAAAGUGACAGCAGAGCAGAGUUCUGGGUUGAAAAAGCGUCAAAGUUGCUCCCAGGAAGCCCUGCAGUCUUCAAUCUCAAGGAGCGGCUGUUGAAUCGUCAGGGGCAACAAGGAUGGAACCGCCUGUUCGACCUGUUGCAGGCCGAGCUGGCAGCGCGGCCUGGAGACACUCAUGUAAAUGUGAAGCUAGUUCAACUUUUCUGCCAAGACGGGCGUCUGGAGGAGGCGGUGAAGCACUGUCUGUCUGUGGAGAAGAGAGGCGUGCUGCGCCACAGCCUGGAGUGGUCCAGCGUCGUGGUGCAAACGCUUCAGGAGUACUUGGCUCAGCCCAAUGUCUCUGGAAAUGAGAAGAUGUGUCGCCGUCUGCAGAAGGAGUUGCUGCUGUCACUGUGCAGCCUCCUGAGGCUCAGACUGUCGAGCAGCGGCCUGCAGCCAGGCAUCGAGGCUCUCCGGAAUUUUGAUGCAGCAAUGUACGAGAUGAGCAGUGUUGCAGUGCGACACGCUGACGAUCUCUUUGAGGUGUUUUUGGAGAUGAGAGGUCACCUGUACUUGCACGCCGCCACACUGCUGCUCAAAAUGGCCCAAGAGCGACUUCAAACCUGGAGGGCAGUGGUGGAUUAUGCUGCACUGUGCUAUCUGCUGGCAUACCAGGCUCCCAGACCAAAGCCUAAGAUCUCCAAAAGAGACCAACCUGCGCCUCAGUUCUUGGAGCUUGUGGCCAGUGACCGCCAGAGUCAAGCGGGACACAUGCUGCUCAACCUCAGCUCUGACGCCUCCACUUUGAUCCGCGAGGUGGUGGAAGCUUUUGGAAACCGCAGUGGUCAGGACACUCUGCUGGAGCUGCUGUUUGGAUCACAAGCCUCCACUACUUCAUCUUUUAUUGUCAAUGAUAACAUUCGAUCCUUAACCGCUGUGGUCCCAGAAAGCUCUCAUCUGGCCAAGUGCGACAGCGGAUCCAUUCUGUUACAUAGUGGUGACUUGCAGCAUCUGAGUUGGUUGGGGCUGCAGUGGACCCUCAUGGCCCAAAGAGCGGAUCUGAGAAACUGGCUUCAGCAGCUCUUUCCCAAACUCACCCUCGAAACGUCAAAACUGGAUGUAAAUUAUCCUGAGUCAAUCUGCCUGCUUGAUCUGGAGGUGUUUGUCCAUGGUGUGGUGUUCUGCAGUCAUUCUCAGCUCCAGGAGACAGCGAAGCUCAGCUCGGGUGUGAACCAGCCUCAGUUCGAGCCGCACUGUCUCCCGCUGCCGCUGCUCCGCCUCCUCACCACCGACAGACAGCGGGAGUGGUGGGAUGCCACCUACAGCCUCAUCCACAAACGAGCUGCUCCUGGGAUGUCGGCCAAACUGAGGAUGAUUGUGCAGCACGGGCUGAGCACUCUGAGAGCAGGAGAGAAACAUGGACUGCAGCCGGCACUGGCUAUUCACUGGGCCAAAGCCCUCAACCAGACGGGUGAUAGCGUAGACUCUUACUACGACCGCACAGAGUACAUCGCCCGCAGUGUUCACUAUUGGCGGGUCGCGUUGCCGUUAUUGGACAAAAUCAAGCUUCGGCGCAGCAUCCCUGAGCCCCUGGACCCGCUCUUCAUCCACUUUCCAUCUAAGGACAUACAGAUCUCUUCUGUGAAGCCACUUCAGGAAGAAGCCCAAAUUGCAUUUGCUACACUGCUGGACAUUGAGGGGAGAACUGAAGAGGCAAUCUCCACAUUGGAAACCAUUGACAAUAUAUCGUCCAUUUGGCAUCUGGCCCAGAUUUAUCAGCGUCUGUCAGAAGAGGCCAGUAACGGCGUCGAGGAGACCCAGGACAGAUGCAUCAUGUUCUUGAGGAAAUUCAAAGCCUAUUUGUCCAAAGUCUACAACGCCAACGCAGAGGAUGUUGACAGGUUGCCUGUGUCGAUGGAGGAAGUGGUGGACCUCCUGAAUGAUGUGAACCAGCAGCUGGGCGACAGUGAUGUCAUGGACGAGGACAAGGAGCCAGAGCAAAAGGGCCCAGCGCACUCGAGUCCGGCUCACGACAACGGCAUCUCUGCCACCAUCUCCCACAUCAAGUUCUCAACACCUUCACCAAACAAAAGCAUUGUCUCGCCUUCUAAACGACACCUGAUAUCUCCCAAGACUCCUCCCCAUUGGGUGGAGGAUCAGAAAAGCCUCCUCCAGAUGUUGUGUCAGCAAGUUGAAGCUCUCAAGAAUGAAGUUCAUGAUCUGAGGCACAACGCAUCUGGGGCUGUGGGUUCACCUCAUCACAGACUCUACAGUGACUCGUACGGAGCCGAGGGGCUGCAGGACCCCUACACACCUGCCCAGUCCUACCAAGGGACUCCUCUCACUGUUUCUACCACAGGAGCAUCUGCUUUUUACAACCAGUCUCCAGCCUUAAACUCUCAGUAUCUCCUGCGUACUGCUGCAAAUGUGACACCAACAAAGGGCCCUAUGUAUGGUAUGAACCGAAUGCCACCCCAGCCGCACAUGUACGCCUACCAACCGCCCACCAACACCCCUCCUCUUCAGGCUGGUCCUCCAUGCAUUUACCCCCCACAAGAACAAGUCUUUGGUACCCCGCUACGCUUCGAAUCCCCUGCCACCAACCUCCUGUCCCCAUAUAGCGAGGAAUACUAUGCCCCAAGUCAACAAACUGCGGCGAAUCCUUCCCUACCUGAGCCAGGCUACUUCACCAAACCGUCUGUAGUCCCGACCCAGCCCCCGAAAAUAAUUGAUGGGAAACCGGUGGAAUUUGGAAAGCUUUCAUUUGGACAACAGGCACCUGCUGAAGUCCCCAAAGUCCCAGUUUUUGGUGCAGAUGAAGAGCCCAAACCAGAACAGUUGGCUAUUCGAUUCAAAACGGCGGACGAAGCUGCGCUUUUUAAGUCAAAAUUUGAAGAGGCGCGAAAGAUUGUUCAGAAAAGUCAAGAGGAACAGCCCAAAAAGGAAGAAAGCAUCCCAGCUCCACGCACUGAAUCACUAGCUGCUCAGUUUGCACCUAAAGAAGGUGAGGAAGAUGAGGAGCUUCUGUACUCCCAAAGGGUAAAACUGUUUCGGUUUGACAGCGAUGUUAGCCAAUGGAAAGAACGUGGUGUCGGAGUGCUCAAAUUCCUAAAAAAUAACGUCAACGGUCGACUAAGAAUUCUCAUGCGACGGGAGCAAGUGCUCAAAGUGUGCGCCAACCACUGGAUCACUACAACAAUGAAUCUCAAGCCCCUCGCCGGGUCAGACAAGGCGUGGAUGUGGCUGGCCAGCGACUUUGCAGAUGGAGAUGCAAGGCUGGAGCAGCUAGCUGCCAAGUUUAAAACAAGUUCCACCAGCAUCGCCAAAGCGGUCAUGUCUCCUCCCAAGUUUGUGUUUGGAUCAGACAGCAUCCAAAAGAUCUUUGGCACUCCAAAAUCCACCGCUAUCACUGCAGAGUCCAUCACCACAAAGACUAAAGGAUUCGGACUGACCCCAGCAUUCAAAGUCCCAGAUAACGGCCUGGACCUUAGACUUUUCUAUGAUAACCCCAUCGCUUUUUGGAGCAGCACAAAUGCCACCCAGUUUGAUCCCCCAGCGCCUCCAGUGGCAGAAGGAGGCAGUGCAAGUUCAACGGAGGACUCGGAUGUUGAGAUUCUGUUUGUCAGAGAGCCGACUGCUGAACAGGCGGCUUUGGCCAAGAAACUCCAGCUCCCACUCACUUUCUUCUGCUACAAAAACGACCCGGGCUACAUCAGCGAUGAGUCAGAGGAUGAAGAGACCUUUGAAUCUGCGGUGAAGGCUUUAAAUGGAAAACUCUACCAGGAUCCUCCACAGAAACAGGCGGCGGCGGCUGAAGAUGACACGGACUGUGUGGUUGUGUGGGAGAAGAAGCCGACCCCUGAGGAGGAGCAGCGAGCGCUCAGUCUGCAGCUGCCCCCCCACUUCUUCUGUGGAAUCGGCCCCGACAGCGACACGGACCACGACAAGGCGGAGGACUUUGAGACUGAGGUCCGCAAAGCUCAGCAAGACCUGAAUGCGCAGUUACAAGGUGCUACGAAGGAAGGCAAAACUUCAAGUGAACCUCCUCAAGUCUCUGAAGAGGAGGCGCCAGUCAGUAUGGAAGCCUCCAUAGCGCCCCCGGAGGCCUCCACAGUGCCCCCGGAGGCCUCCACAGCGCCCCCGCAGGCCUCCACAGCGCCCCCGCAGGCCUCCACAGCGCCCCCGCAGGCCUCCACAGCGCCCCCGGAGGUCUCCACAGCGCCCCCGCAGGCCUCCACAGCGCCCCCGGAGGCCUCCACAGCGCCCCCGCUCUCUGAUGCCCUGACCACGGCACAGUCUGAAGAAUCUCAGAGUAAUCCACCUCUACCCAUCAGCAGCAGCAGCAGCAGCAGCAGCAGCAGCAGCAGCAGCAGCGCUCCUAUUGACCUGUCUACCAAGAAGAGCCCAGAGCCAGAGGGCGAAAAGGACACAGCAGCCACUGAGGGUGAAGACUCUUUAUUUGGCUUCAGCACAUCAGGGGGCUUUUCAUUUGCAGAUUUGGCCCAAAAAACGGACGGUUUUGCGUUUGGUACAACGGAUUCAAACUUCAGCUGGGCCAAUGCAGGAGCCACUGUUUUCGGUGCCGCCGCUAAAACACUGUCCAAAACCACUGGUGAAAAUGAGGACAAUGAGGAAGAGGAGGGUCCCAAUAACGUGGAGAUUCACUUUGAGCCAAUCGUGUCGCUGCCAGAGGUGGAGACAAAGUCCGGGGAGGAGGACGAGGAGAUCCUGUUUAAGGAGCGCACCAAGCUUUACCGCUGGGACCGAGACCUGGGCCAGUGGAAGGAGCGCGGCGUCGGCGACAUCAAGAUCCUGUUCCACCCCGUCAAGCACUUCUACAGAGUCCUGAUGAGACGAGACCAGAUCCUGAAGGUCUGCGCCAACCACACCAUCACCAAGACCAUGGAGCUCAAGCCCAUGAACGUGUCGCCCAACGCCCUCGUCUGGAUCGCCACCGACUACUCCGAGGGAGACGGCGUCGUGGAGCAGCUCGCCGCCAAGUUCAAAACGCCAGAGAUCAUGGAGUCGUUCAGGAAGACGUUCCGUGAGUGCCAGAGCCGAAUCGGAGACGAAGCGGAGGGCGGCGUGACCUCUCCGCAGAUGUCCCGCGUCCAGGAGCAUUCUCGGGACUCGAACCCCCAGGUGUUCCUCACGGUGGAGGCCGACGGGCAGAGUCUGGGCACCGUCACCAUCGAGCUGUUCUCUCACAUCGUGCCCAAAACCGCAGACAACUUCAGGGCCCUGUGCACCGGAGAGAAGGGCUUUGGACUCAAGGGAUCCAUCUUCCACAGAGUCAUCCCAGACUUCAUGUGUCAGGGCGGCGACAUAACCAAAAGCGACGGCACUGGCGGAAAGUCCAUCUACGGCGAGAAGUUCGAGGACGAGAACUUUGACGUGAGACACACCGGCCCCGGCAUCCUGUCCAUGGCAAACCGCGGCCGCGACACCAACAACUCGCAGUUCUUCAUCACGCUGAAGAAGGCCGAGCACCUGGACUUCAAACAUGUGGCUUUCGGCUGGGUCCGCGACGGCAUGAGCGUGGUGCAGGCCAUGGGGGAAGUCGGCACAAAGGGAGGAGUCCCGGCAAAGAAACUUGUCAUCACUAACUGCGGGCAGCUCUAG